GAGGCCUUCACCAAAAUGUUUGUGAAUGGUGAACCUCUGCUCCAGUGUCCUGUUGUCGGUCCGUUUGAGGAAAUAGGAUGGCAAACGCAAUGCCCCGUUUCCAGUCAAUGGCCGAAGCAACCAGUGAAAAGCAUGUGCGGUUACAAUGUUGGCAAUGCUAACAUUAACAGUGGUUUUUCAACUCAGUGCUAUGAUAAUAAUUUAUUAGUUUGUGACAACCCUGGAUUCCAACAGUUCUAUUCAGAACACCCUGUAUCCAAUGGGCAACAUUAUUACGUUAGGGCUGCCCCGCAUCCACAACUCAUGCAGACAAAUUUGCCAUGUCAACAAAGGCAAGAAUGGGAUUAUAAUAGCAUGUGCUAUAAUGUAAACGGUCAACCCUGUCAGUUUACAGAUGUCGUAGAUUUGGAAGAUUUUAUGAAUAAUGAAAAGAGGAAGGAGAAAUCUCGCGUGGCGGCUCGAUGUCGACGCACCAAGGAGAUGCAGAUCUUCGCCGAGCUGACGACCGCCCUACCGGCGAAGAAGGAGGAGGUGGAACAGCUCGACAAGGCGUCAGUGAUGCGCCUGGCGAUCUCCUACCUUCGCGUUCGUGAUGUUGUGUCGAUGCUGCCAGCUGAUACCGAACCGCCUAAGCUGCAAAGCCCCAAAGGUCUGGAGGAGGUGCAAUCUGAGCUGUCCUACAUGAAGGCGCUGGAUGGUUUCGUGUUCGUGCUGUCCCAGCAGGGGGACAUCGUGUACUGUAGUGAAAAUAUUGCUGAGCAUCUUGGUGUGUCGCAGAUGGAAAUAAUGGGGCAGAGUGUCUUCGAAUUCAGCCACCCCUGCGACCACGAUGAGAUCCGGGAGGCGCUGCGCUCCAGUCAUGUUGGCAGGCGUGAUCUCCUCUUGCGUCUCAAAUGUACCCUCACGAGUAAGGGGCGCAACGUGCAUCUAAAGUCCGCUUCUUAUAAGGUGAUACACGUCACUGGUCACAUGCUAACCGAUGAAAAAGCCAAGAUAACCGAAAACAAUAACACUGAAGACGAAGAGAGUAAGGAAGGCGCGAAGAAAUUCAACAAGAACGGUGCUCUGGUGGCUGUCGCUCGUCCCAUACCUCACCCCUCGAACAUCGAAAUACCCCUGGACAGCAAGACGUUCCUUUCGAAGCAUAGUUUGGAUAUGAAGUUUACCUAUACUGAUGAUGGUUUAAUGAAUACCCUUGGAUUCGACUCCAGCGAGUUAAUCGGUCGUUCCGUAUACGACUACCAUCACGCCGCCGACAGCGCCUCUUUGGUACACCAAUUCAAGUCGCUGUUCUCGAAGGGACAAUGCGAAACCCGGCAGUACCGCUUCCUGGCCAAAACUGGCGGCUACGCUUGGGUUCAAACCCAAGCAACAGUCAUCACCGACAAACAACAGAAGCCCGUCAGCGUGGUCUGCGUCAACUACGUCAUAAGCGGUAUCGAGUGCAAAGAUGAGGUAUUUGCUGCACACCAAGUGCAGCAUGCGGACCUGAAACCAGUUGUGAGCUCGAUAGCUUCAGCGCCGCUCGCUCCCGCAACGGCUGCCCCGGAACCGGCUAACGGCGCUAUUGUGGCUACUAUCCUGCCGGAGGAAGAGCGCCCCAUACCAGUCACUGAACUUAUAUUUGCACCGAGAAAGAAGGAAAUGAACAAAGGCUUUCUCAUGUUCUCUCAAGAAGAGGGACUUACAAGUGAGUGGACCUUGAACCGCAACAGCUUAGUGCUUAAGGACGAGCCUGAGGAUCUCACACAUUUGGCCCCGACGGCUGGAGACGCCUGCAUACCUUUGGAAAAUAGUCCCUUUGACAUGUUUGAUGAAUUUAUCUUGGACGACAAUUAUUGUAGUCUACUCGGUGACGAUCUGGCCAAUGGAUCACCCGUAGAUUCUUUGAUUGCAGAUUCACUGCUUUCUUCUCCUGAGCCACAGGAGAACGAAUCAUCAGGCGAGCAAUCGUCGUUGUUAACAGAGUUGUCAUUAGAUGCGUUUGAAAGCGCAAGGUCCGAUAAUGAUAUCGAUGACGGAAACUCCCCUUUUAUUCCCACCACUGACGAGUUGCCUGUUCUGGAGCCAGCCGUCAUGUGGGGAGCGUUACCGGAAAAUGUUAGCCAGGCCAGGCCCCAACCAUCUGAAGCGCAAACGACGGCGCCGGCGUUACAACGCCUAUUAGCCGCGCCGCCUACAGGGCCUCCACCGCAGGAUCUCAUUACAAAUAUUUAUUCAGAUCAAGGACUCAUUCCCAGUAGGGGUAUAUCUUCAUGGGAUACGGGGGUAAAGAGGGUGCUGAAGCAAGACGAGGAGCCUUGCGCAAAGCGUGCGAAGCGCAGUCCGUCACCGGCGCCGACUGUACCCAGCACUCCAUCGUCGAGCGUCCUCAUGAACCUCUUGGAUAUGCAGCAACUGCCAACGCAACAAGUCACGGGAAAGAUGCCGCCAAACUAUCAACUCUUGCUGAAUUCGCAAAGACUAGUACCGCAGAGUACACUGGACAGAAAUAUCCCUAUACCUGUCAUAAACAUAAUACAAGCCGUUCCAAAUAAACAAAUGAUGCGUGCCAAUACACCGCUAGCCAAUGUUCCAAUUAUACGCUCGAAUCCACCAAGCAAUCCUAUGUCGCCGUUGAGCUUAAACAUAAGUAGCCCGAUGUAUUCCCUACCGUCCAGCCCGAAUACACCGAACUACAGUCCUGCAAUAAGUCCAGUUCAAAAAGAUCGCGUGCUCAGCCCAUAUUCGACCCCUCAGUCUUUAUCACCCGCCAGCAAUUACAGCCAAAUGUACAGCCCUGGCAGUAGGCUCAUAUCACCGACUGGUGUUAUGCAGGGUUAUGACCCCUACCUGACCAACAAAAUGCAAACUAGCCCAGGGUUCCCACUCCAAAGCAACGAAAUGUUGUUGGAUUCUAACAUGCCGCUGACUUCUACUGAUUUCUGGACAGAGUCGGACGUCCUCCAGGGCACGAACGAGUUGUUGACCGCUUUUGAUGAUGUCAAACUAGGCUAGGCGUUGAUUUUGAAUGAUGAGUGAUUUCUUAUUCUGAUGGAAGUAUUGUGCGAGUGCUGAAUACAUACAGAGUCGGAUAUGACUAGUGCAAGCAUUUGUUUCUAUUCACAACUUCACACAUACAUUCCGAAAGAUAUGGUGCUAGGGAUAGGUCAUACAUAGGUGACAGUAAAUUGUUUAUUUGCAAGAGAAAUCACUCGAAUGAAUGCAGGGUCUUAUGUAUAUUAUAAAUUAUGCUUCCAUUGUAAUCCUACUUUUGGAUUUCCCCCUAACUAUCUUGUAGUAACCGGAUGUUUUAUAAAUAUAUAUUGCACAAUAAAGCCUAAAUUAUAUAUCAUAGAAUUGUAUACGCAACACUGUUUUUAUACUUUUAAAAACUCAUGAUUUUAACUACUUGAGUUACCUCAAUUUUGGUGUUACAACCGUGGAGUUAAGUAUCUAAGUAUUAACCAAUUGUAGUCCAAUUGUUCAAUAAGAUUGUUAUUUUUUUGGAAGCAUUUUGAUAAUCAAAUGUGACUUGGCGCGAGAAUGCUGUAGGGCAUAUAAUAUUUUAUUGUAAGAUUUUAGUUUAAUUUUAAGAGUGGAUGGAAGUAAGUGUAAGUGGUUAUUAUUACUGAUCAUAUUUUUUUU